AUGAAGUUAUUAAUAAUACUUAUAUUUUCUGGACUCACAACUGGUUUUACAGAAAACUCUUCUUCUAGUUACCCAUCCAAGUUACUAUUGGUUUCCUUUGAUGGCUUCAGAGCUGACUAUCUACAGAACUAUGACUUUCCUCAUCUCCAGAAUUUUAUUAAAGAAGGAGUCUUGGUAGAACAUGUCAAAAAUGUUUUCAUCACAAAAACAUUUCCAAACCACUACAGUAUUGUGACAGGCUUGUAUGAAGAAAGCCAUGGCAUUGUGGCUAACUCUAUGUAUGACGUAGUCACAGAGAAACAUUUUUCUGACUUUAAUGACAAGGAUCCUUUUUGGUGGAAUGAGGCAGUACCUAUUUGGGUGACCAAUCAACUUCAAGGAAAUAGAUCAAGUGCUGCUGCUAUGUGGCCUGGUACCGACGUAGCCAUUCACAAUGUCACACUUUCCUAUUUCAUGAAUUAUAAUGCUUCCGUGUCAUUCAAAGAGAGACUGAAUACUAUUACUGCGUGGCUGAGCAAUUCAGACCCACCAGUCACCUUUGCAACCCUCUAUUGGGAAGAACCAGAUGCAAGUGGCCACAAAUAUGGACCUGAAGAUAAAAAAAGCAUGAGUACAGUAUUGAAAGAAAUAGAUGAUCAUAUUGGUGACCUAGUCCAUAAACUCAAAAUGUCAGGAUUGUGGGAAAAUCUUAAUGUGAUCAUUACAAGUGAUCAUGGGAUGACCCAGUGUUCAGUGGAAAGACUCAUAAAUCUGGACGACUGCAUCAAUCGUACCACAUACACUCUUAUAGAUCUUACCCCAGUUGCAGCAAUACUUCCCAAAAUAAAUACAACACAGAUUUAUAACAAAUUGAAAAUGUGUCACCAUCACAUGAAUGUUUAUCUCAAAGAAGAUAUUCCUGCCAGAUUUCACUACCAACAUAAUGAUCGCAUUCAGCCUAUUAUUUUGGUUGCUGACGAAGGCUGGACAAUUGUGCUAAAUAAAACAUUAACAAAAUGUGACCAUGGCUAUGAUAAUUCCUUGCCUAGUAUGCAUCCAUUUUUAGCGGCCCACGGUCCUGCAUUUCACAAAGGCUACAAACACAACACAAUCAACAGUGUGGAUAUUUAUCCGAUGAUGUGCCACAUCCUGGGGUUAAAACCCCACCCCAAUAAUGGAACCUUUGGUAACACGAAGUGUUUGUUAGUUGACCAGUGGUGCAUUAAUCUCCCAGAAGCCAUUGGAAUUGUCAUCGGUGUACUCUUGGUGUUAACCACUUUAACAUGCCUCAUAGUAAUCAUGAAGAACAGACUGUCGGCACCACAUGCAUUUUCCCGACUGCAGCUACAAGAAGAUGAUGAUGAUCCCUUAAUUGAGUAA